CUAGAUUAUUAAUUUUUGCCUGGGCUGUAAAAUGGGCCCUUCUCCGCGCGUCGCCGUUUACGCGCGCUCUCCCCCGGACACCGCCUAGCCUAGGGCGCGGAACAGGGGUCCGCGCUUGGAGCGCGCGGGGGCUCCUCGAAGCCACCCCCCCUCGUGGCUUCUCCCCUCCCUCCUUGGCCUGCUUCCCUUCCCUUCCCUGCAGCUCUGCGGCUCCGUAGCGAUGGUAGAGGCAGCCGAGGGGGAGGGAUGCAGCUCGGGAGACAGAGUGACUUCACCGCCGCGGCAGGAGAGCGCCGCUCCCCGCUAGCCGACGGAGAGGACCCCGCGCCGCCAAUAUUGGGAGCAACCACUUCCACCCGGGCCCCACCAUGUCCACCAAAGCGGAGCAGUUUGCUUCCAAGAUCCGGUACUUGCAAGAAUACCAUAACCGUGUUCUUCACAACAUUUACCCCGUCCCCUCUGGAACUGACAUUGCAAACACUCUGAAAUACUUUUCUCAGACAUUGCUAAGCAUUUUGUCCCGCACAGGGAAGAAGGAGAACCAAGAUGCCUCCAAUUUGACAGUGCCCAUGACCAUGUGUCUUUUUCCUGUGCCAUUCCCACUCACCCCAUCUCUAAGACCACAGGUCAGUUCCAUCAACCCUACUGUUACUCGCUCCCUCCUUUACAGCGUCCUGCGAGAUGCUCCCACUGAACGCGGCCAGCAAAGUCGUGAUGCUCAGUUAUCAGACUACCCUUCAUUGGACUAUCAAGGACUAUACGUGACAUUGGUGACUCUGCUGGAUCUAGUUCCUUUGCUACAACAUGGCCAGCAUGAUCUCGGACAGUCCAUUUUUUACACAACCACGUGCUUGCUCCCGUUUCUCAACGACGACAUCUUGAGCACUUUACCGUAUACCAUGAUCUCCACAUUAGCCACGUUCCCGCCCUUUCUGCACAAAGACAUCGUCGAGUAUCUCAGCACCUCGUUCUUGCCCAUGGCUAUAUUGGGCUCCUCAAGAAGAGAAGGAGUACCUGCUCAUGUUAAUCUUUCUGCAUCUUCAAUGCUAAUGAUCGCAAUGCAGUAUACAUCCAACCCUGUGUACCAUUGUCAGUUACUGGAAUGCCUUAUGAAGUACAAACAAGAAGUUUGGAAAGACUUGCUCUACGUAAUAGCGUAUGGUCCUUCUCAAGUAAAACCACCGGCCGUACAAAUGCUUUUCCACUACUGGCCCAACUUAAAACCACCCGGGGCAAUAAGCGAAUACCGAGGACUGCAGUAUACAGCAUGGAACCCCAUACACUGUCAGCACAUUGAAUGCCAUAAUGCCAUUAACAAGCCAGCAGUGAAGAUGUGCAUAGAUCCUUCCUUGUCUGUGGCUUUGGGUGAUAAACCACCCCCUCUCUACCUUUGUGAAGAAUGCAGCCAGAGGAUUGCAGGGGAUCACAGUGAAUGGUUGAUUGAUGUUCUUUUACCACAAGCCGAAAUUUCUGCUAUAUGUCAAAAGAAGAACUGUAGCUCGCAUGUUAGGAGGGCUGUUGUCACGUGUUUCUCUGCCGGCUGCUGCGGUCGCCAUGGGAACAGGCCGGUGCGCUACUGCAAACGAUGCCACUCCAACCACCACAGCAGUGAAGUUGGGGCAACGGCUGAGACACAUCUCUACCAGACAUCGCCUCCUCCUAUCAACACUCGGGAGUGUGGGGCUGAGGAGCUUGUUUGUACUGUGGAAGCUGUUAUCAGCUUGCUGAAGGAGGCUGAACUCCACGCAGAGCAACGGGAGUAUGAGCUGAAUCGCAGGAGACAGCUGGGCUUAUCCUCUUCACAUCAUUCUUUGGACAACACAGACUUUGAUAACAAAGAUGAUGACAAGAACGACCAGCGCCUUCUGAGCCAGUUUGGAAUUUGGUUUUUGGUAAGCCUUUGCACCCCGAGCGAGAACACCCCCACAGAGAGCUUGGCUCGGCUUGUGAGCAUGGUCUUCCAGUGGUUCCAUUCCACAGCCUACAUGAUGGAUGAUGAAGUUGGCAGCCUGGUGGAGAAACUCAAGCCCCAGUUUGUCACCAAAUGGCUGAAGACAGUGUGCGAUGUCCGGUUUGAUGUCAUGGUGAUGUGCCUCCUUCCUAAACCGAUGGAAUUUGCACGGGUGGGUGGAUACUGGGACAAGUCCUGCAGCACGGUGACGCAGUUGAAGGAAGGUCUGAACCGGAUCCUGUGCUUAAUUCCGUACAAUGUAAUCAACCAACCUGUGUGGGAUUGCAUUAUGCCAGAAUGGCUGGAAGCCAUCAGGACUGAGGUGCCAGACAAUCAGCUGAAGGAGUUCAGGGAAGUAUUAAGCAAAAUGUUUGAUAUUGAGCUGUGCCCGCUCCCUUUUUCCAUGGAGGAGAUGUUUGGCUUCAUAAGCUGUCGGUUUACAGGAUAUCCUUCUUCUGUACAAGAGCAGGCUUUACUCUGGCUUCAUGUGUUGUCUGAAUUAGACAUUGUGGUCCCUCUUCAGCUACUGAUCAGUAUGUUUUCUGAUGGGGUUAAUUCUGUAAAAGAGCUGGCAAAUCAGAGGAAAUCAAGAGUAACGGAACUAACUGGGAACCUUGCAGCUCGAAGGGUGAGCAUUGCCUCUGAUCCGGGGCACAGAGUUCAGCAUAAUACACUGAGCCCGUUCCCAAGUCCAUUUCAGAGUCCUUUUCGCAGCCCCAUGCGAAGCCCCUUCCGUAGUCCUUUCAAGAACUUUGGGCACCCAGGAGGAGGAGGAGGAGGAGGGAGGGCUAUUGACUUUGACUGCGACGAUGAAGAAAUGAAUCUGAAUUGUUUCAUCCUGAUGUUCGAUCUCAUCUUAAAGCAGAUGGAAUUGCAAGAUGACGGCAUUACCCUGGGUUUAGAGAACAGCAUAUCCAAAGACAUAAUUUCUAUCAUCAACAAUGUGUUCCAAGCCCCCUGGGGUGGCUCUCAUACCUGUCAAAAAGACGAGAAGGCCAUUGAAUGCAACCUGUGUCAGUCCAGUAUCUUGUGCUAUCAGCUAGCUUGUGAGUUGCUGGAGAGACUAGCCCCCAAAGAAGAAAUCCGGCUAGUGGAACCUACAGAUAAUCUGGAGGACAGUCUUCUAGAUUCUAGACCUGAGUUCAUUAUAGGAAUUGAAGGGGAGGGAGAGAACAAAUCAGCAUCAAAGCAUGGAGAAAACCCAGGAAAUCACACAGAGACAACGGAAAACACAGCAGCCAUCAAAAAUGACACUGAGAGGAAAUUCUGUUACCAGCAGCUUCCAGUGACACUGAAACUUAUCUAUACAAUAUUGCAGGAAAUGGCACGGUUUGAAGAGCCUGAUAUUCUAUUUAACAUGCUCAACUGCUUGAAGAUUCUCUGCCUUCACGGAGAGUGUUUAUACAUUGCAAGGAAGGACUACCCACAGUUCCUAGCCUACGUUCAGGAUCAUAUGCUGAUUGCCAGCUUAUGGAGAGUUGUCAAAUCGGAAUUCUCCCAGCUUUCUUCACUGGCGGUGCCCCUCCUUCUUCAUGCUCUGUCUCUCCCACAUGGAGCUGAUAUUUUCUGGACCAUCAUCAAUAGCAACUUCAACAGCAAAGACUGGAAGAUAAGGUUUGAAGCAGUGGAGAAAGUAGCUGUGUUGUGUCGGUUCCUGGAUAUUCACUCCGUGACCAAAAACCACUUGCUGAAGUAUUCCUUAGCACAUGCCUUUUGCUGCUUCUUGACUGCUGUUGAGGAUGUCAACCCAGCUGUGGCCACCAGAGCAGGCCUGUUGCUAGAUACCAUCAAGAGGCCAGCUCUACAGGGCCUUUGCCUUUGCCUUGAUUUCCAGUUUGAUACUGUCGUCAAGGACAGGCCCACCAUCCUCAGCAAGCUUUUGCUGCUUCAUUUCCUCAAGCAAGACAUUCCGGCGUUGAGCUGGGAAUUCUUUGUGAAUAGGUUUGAAACCCUCUCUCUCGAGGCACAGCUCCACCUGGAUUGCAACAAGGAAUUCCCAUUCCCAACGACGAUUACGGCUGUCCGGACGAAUGUUGCCAACUUAAGCGAUACAGCAAUGUGGAAAAUCAAGAGAGCUCGGUUUGCCCGGAAUCGACAGAAGAGCGUGCGCUCUUUGAGAGACAGCGUGAAGGGCCCGGUGGAAUCCAAGAGGGCACUUUCUCUCCCAGAAACCCUUACAAGCAAAAUCCCAAAUAGGCUGAUGAGGCAUGAGCAAUCUGCUCCAGCACUUGGUGGGACACCAGAACAAACUCAAGGGCAGCCUUCUCCAGAGAAUGACAACACCAUAAAGGACCUGCUCCCAGAGGACGCUGGCAUUGACCAUCAGACUGUCCACCAGCUCAUCACAGUGUUGAUGAAGUUCAUGGCCAAAGACGAGAGCAGUGCAGAGUCGGAUAUCAGCAGCGCUAAAGCCUUCAAUACGGUCAAGCGCCACCUGUAUGUCUUAAUGGGCUAUGAUCAGCAGGAAGGAUGCUUCAUGAUCGCUCCUCAAAAAAUGCGCAUUUCAACAUGCUUCAAUGCUUUUAUUGCGGGGAUCGCUCAAGUGAUGGACUAUAAUAUUAACCUGGGGAAACACCUCCUCCCUUUAGUGGCUCAGGUGCUGAAGUACUGCUCAUGCCCUCAGCUCAGGCAUUACUUCCAGCAGCCGCCCCGCUGCUCCCUCUGGUCCCUGAAGCCCCACAUUCGGCAGAUGUGGCUGAAGGCGCUGCUUGUCAUCCUCUAUAAGUAUCCUUACAGAGAUUGUGACAUCAGCAAAAUCAUGUUGCAUCUCAUUCAUAUAACCGUCAACACUCUAAAUGCACAGUACCACAGCUGCAAGCCUCACGCCUCAGCAGGCCCUAUGUACAGCGACAACAGCAACAUAAGCCGCUACAGCGAAAAGGAAAAAGCGGAGGAAGACAGCGUCUUUGAUGAGUCUGACAUUCAUGAUACACCCACUGGAAACGGCAAUAAAGAGUCUCAAACUUUCUUUGCGAGGCUGAAAAGAAUUGGGGGCAGCAAAAUGGUGAAAUACCAGCCAGUUGAGAUGAAUGCUCAGAGAAGUGAAAUAGAACUUGCUGAAUAUAGAGAAACAGGAGUAUUGCAAGACAACAUUCUGCGCUGUGUGAGAGAAGAAAGCAUUCAGAAGAAGAAACUACGCUCACUAAAACAAAAAUCGCUUGACAUAGGAAAUGCCGACUCCCUCUUGUUUACAUUGGAUGAACACCGCCGGAAGUCGUGCAUAGACCACUGCGACUUAGAGAAGCCUCCCGCCACUUCCGCAGCACUGAGGCAGAAUGAGUACGGGCGGCCGCGGCAAAAUUCCUCCACCAAGACGGAAGAUGGAGACGGAGGGGAGAAGGAGAACCCGCCUGCCAUCCCAGAAAGAACCCUAGCAAGGCGGAGGCCUAUCAUACCAGAAGUCAGGUUAAACUGCAUGGAGCCAUACGAAGUGAAAGUGGAUUCCCCAGCCAAAUGCUCUCCUCCAAAGGAGGACUUGGACCUUAUAGACCUCUCCUCUGAUUCAACUUCAGGACCUGAAAAGCAGUCGGUGGUCUCCAAUUCAGACAGCGACUCAUUGGUCUUUGAACCGCUCCCUCCUCUCAGGAUAGUGGAAAGUGACGAGGAAGAUGCUGACCUCCCAAGCCAGCGGAAUGACAGCAUCUCCGGCAAGAUGGCUCCCUCAUCUCCAUCAAGUCCCACUGGCCUCUCUGUGCUCAGCCUCAGCACGACCCCUCUUGUGCAGUUCAGCAUUGAAGAUUGCUCCAAAGAUGUGCUCCCUUCUGCAUCAAGCCAUAUCGUUUCAUUCGCAGAAGAGGAAGCCACCUCCAUUCCUCUGGAAGGUCAGAAAGAUGUUGAUCAGCUGGCUAAGCCAGAAGAAGUCCACGAGGCACCCCCCGGCAGCCCCCUCACGCUGAAGCAGAAACGAGAUAUGCUGCAGAAGUCCUUUGCUCUUCCAGAGAUGUCCAUUGAUGAUAACUUUGAUUUAUGCAUAGAGGAGAUUAAGCCGAUCGGGCCCUUUCCCAGUUCAAGUGGGAAAAGCGUCUUCAUCAAGGCUCCCGAGGACUCUGAGGUCCAAACGGAAAGCGAUAAGCCGGACGCCGGUGCAGAAUCUGAUACGGAGCAAAGCACAGAACAGAAGCAGGAGGAGGAAGCCGAAGAGUCGGAAUUUAAGAUCCAGAUUGUUCCAAGGCAGAGGAAGCAGAGGAAGAUUGCAGUGAGCGCCAUUCAGAGAGAGUACCUUGAUAUUUCCUUCAACAUCUUAGACAAGCUGGGGGAGCAGAAAGAGUCAGAUGCUUCAGCUAAAGUCCUUUCAACCCUCGAAAUGCCAAGGGAAUCAUCAUCUGCGCCGACACUUGAAGCAGGUGUACCAGAGAUGAGUAGCCAUUCUUCCAUGUCAACCCAGUUCCGACAAAUGAAGAGGGGUUCUCUGGGAGCUCUCACUAUGAACCAGCUAAUGAAGAGGCAGCUGGAACACCAGUCUAGUGCCCCUCAUAAUAUCAGCACAUGGGACACUGAACAGAUACAGCAUGGGAAGAGGCCGUGCAAUGUCUCAGUUUGCCUAAACCCUGACCUGGAGGGACCACCACUAAGAAUAAGAGGUGCCACAAAAUCUAGCUUGCUGUCAGCACCCAGUAUAGUCAGUAUGUUUGUACCAGCACCCGAAGAUUUUAUUGAUGACCAACCGACCAUGAUGACUGACAAGUGCCAUGAUUGUGGAGCCAUCUUGGAAGAGUAUGAUGAAGAAACAUUAGGUCUGGCCAUUGUGGUUCUUUCCACAUUUAUUCACCUCAGCCCAGAUCUGGCUGCUCCUUUGUUGCUGGAUAUCAUGCAGUCUGUAGGAAGGUUGGCUUCAAGCACCAAUUUUUCUAAUCAAGCAGAAAGCAUGAUGAUCCCAGGGAAUGCUGCAGGCGUGGCCAAGCAAUUUCUCCGCUGUAUUUUCCACCAACUGGCUCCCAAUGGCAUACUUCCCCAGCUGUUCCAGAGCAACAUCAAAGAUGGAAGUUUUCUACGGACCUUGGCUACAUCUCUCAUGGAUUUCAGUGAACUGAGUUCCAUAGCUGCUUUGAGCCAGCUCCUGGAGGGCCUAAACACCAAGAAGAAUUUACCAGCAGGGGGCGGGAUGCUACGCUGCUUGGAGAACAUUGCUACGUUCAUGGAAGCUUUGCCGAUGGAUUCCCCCAGCAACCUCUGGACCACGAUCAGUAACCAGUUCCAGACGUUCUUUACGAAACUGCCCUGCGUUUUGCCACUUAAGUGUUCUUUAGAUUCUAGUCUCAGAAUAAUGAUCUGCUUGCUGAAGAUACCCACCAGCAGUGCUGCCAGAAGCCUGCUGGAGCCAUUUUCCAAAUUGCUGAGUUUUGUCAUUCAGAAUGCUGUCUUCACCCUAGCGUAUUUGGUAGAGCUGUGCGGUUUGUGUCACAGAGCUUUCACAAAGGAAAGGGAUAAGUUCUACUUAUCCCGCAGUGUCAUCUUAGAGUUGCUGCAAGCUCUGAAGUUAAAAUCUCCCUUGCCAGAUACAAACCUUCUGCUUUUGGUCCAGUUUGUUUGUGCAGAUGCUGGAACAAAACUAGCUGAAUCAUUGAUCUUACACAAGCAAAUGAUCGCUUCCAUCCCUGGAUGUGGAACAGCAGCCAUGGAAUGCAUGAGACAGUACAUUGGUGAAGUUUUGGAUUUUAUUGCCGAUAUGCAUACGUUAACUAAAUUAAAGAGUCACAUGAAGACGUGUUCCCAGCCAUUGCAUGAGGACACUUUUGGUGGGCAUCUGAAGGUCGGUUUAGCCCAGAUUGCUGCGAUGGAGAUCUCACGUGGCAAUCACAGGGACAACAAGGCUGUAGUCCGUUACCUCCCUUGGCUAUACCAUCCUCCAUCUGCAAUGCAACAGGGGCCCAAAGAAUUCAUUGAAUGCGUAUCUCAUAUUCGUUUGCUCUCAUGGCUCCUGCUGGGGUCGCUGACGCAUAAUGUCAUCUGUCCAAAUUCCCCUUCGACAUGUAUGCCCAUUCCACUGGAUGCUGGCUCUCAUGUCGCUGACCACCUCAUUGUGAUCCUGAUUGGGUUUCCAGAGCAGUCCAAGACGUCCGUCCUGCACAUGUGCUCCCUCUUCCACGCCUUUAUAUUUGCUCAGCUGUGGACGGUGUAUUGCGAACAAGCGGCGGUUGCGCCCACGGUGCAGAACCAGAACGAAUUCAGCUUCACCGCUAUCCUGACCGCCCUGGAGUUCUGGAGCCGAGUCACCCCCAGCAUCCUCCAGCUGAUGGCACAUAACAAGGUGAUGGUAGAGAUGGUAUGUCUCCAUGUGAUCAGCUUGAUGGAGGCUUUGCAGGAAUGCAAUUCCACUAUUUUCGUCAAGCUGAUCCCGAUGUGGCUGCCAAUGAUUCAGUCCAAUCUAAAGCAUUUAUCUGCUGGGCUACAGCUCCGCCUGCAAGCGAUCCAGAGCAACGUGAACCAUCAUAGCCUUAGGAUGCUGCAGGGAUCGGGCCAGAUGAACACCAACUUCACCGUCCUCCGCAAGUGGCUGCAGUGCACCCAGUUUAAGAUGGCCCAAGUGGAAAUCCAGUCAUCUGAAGCAGCCUCUCAGUUUUAUCCGUUAUGAACCGGGCAGAACCUUCCAGAACCUUCUGCUUAGACUAGCAAUAAUAGGGCUAAAAGCUAUAAGACUAAAGGCCAUCCUUAAAAACAGUACUGUAGCUACACUCUUUUUUCUUCGUCUGGUAGGUGUAUACCAGGGGUCUGCAACCCGCGGCUCCGGAGCCGCAUGUGGCUCUUUUACACCUUUGCCGCGGCUCCGGGGCAGAUACUAGCGAGGGG